ACAAUACACGACAUAUAUUGUACCAAGCAUCAUCCGUUCCAAAUGCUGCUAUAAUGCAGUAUGUCAAGUUUCGUUCCUGAGCACACUGAUAGUAAAAAUGCUGCAUUGCAUUAGGACUCCCGCAAAGAAGAUUCCCAAAACGACCUGCCAGGCAAUUACAUAUAAAGGGAAGCAGUAAUGUAACAAUAAGCCGUCCACUUCCAAAACGGUAAAUCUCCAUGUUUUCAACUAACGGCUUCCUCAGCAGAAUACCAUACGAAGACUAUUACCGCACUUGCCUCAAAUCAGUCCCGGGAUUCACAGCGUGGCCUGUUUGUGAUGUUUGUCCUGUUUCUAAACAAUGGACAAAAAGGCAGCUGGAAACGUUACCACAACCAAAUGCUGCCUAGGAUGUAUUCAUUCAUUACCAGGGGGUUUAGAAACAGAAUUUUGUACGUUGUAUAUAUUGUUUUUUGUUAUUUGGUUUCUCUUUAUUGCACUGCACUUUUGUAUUAAAGUGCACAGUUUAUGAUAGAAUGCUCGUUUCUUGAAGCAGCCAGGAGUACAGUGACCAGCUUGUACCUUGAAGAGCAACAUUUUAUUCCAGCAGAAACUUUGGUAGUUUAACAUUUUGUUCAGCUGCUGUUACAAGAUCCCCACUCGUAGCAUCUAAAGAAGAGGGAUGUAGGCCCAAAAAAUUAUUCUGGAACAUACAUUUCUUCCGUCUUUAAGGUGCCACAGGAACACUGUUUAUUUUUGCAAUAGCAGACUUCCACACAGCGGAUAAGUAGGCACAGACCUUUUCCUCACAAGUCACUUUCAACGUUUCCAGGUUGACAAUAAAACAUUUCCUCUGUGGAGUUUUGCUCUAUUUCCCCCCAUUUGGUUUGUGGAAACGUUUCCAGUCACCUUUUUGUCCGUUGUUUCUAAAAACACUUUCACACGGUGAUCAGUUUUUGUACUCCACCAGAUUUUUGUUCAUAUUGCUCUCCAAGGUACCCCAAGACUCUUAUUAACAAUCUCCCGUGCACAUUUUGGGAGGGGGUUAUUCUGAAAGAAAGAUCCGUCGCAUCAUGUUUGAUGCUGGGCUGCGAAGCUGUGGAAUAAGGAGAGCAUUUGGAAAAAAAAUAAGGGACAUCUGUCAACUCAGCCGCAGAUCACGCUCCUUAAGAUGUGUGUGUGUGGGGGGGGGGGUGGCGGCAUAGGAGGGCCAGCCAUUCAGGCCUGUCUGCAUCCAGCAGACGCCACUCUCUCCACACACCCCUUUUCGCAAAGGGCCCAGCUUGUCUCGCAGGAGGGAGUCUGCCUUUCUUUUUGCCCUGGCUGCUCUAGCUGAGGCCGCAAAAACUGCCUUAUGUCCCUGUGGCGGGAGGUCUGGAGCAGGCUCUUGGUGCUGUCUCUCCUGCAGCUCUGGUUGGUGCUACAGCCAUGCCCUGCGGACUACUGCAGCUGGAAGGGCAGUGGCUUGAGCUGGGAACCCCAUUCACGUGCGGUAGAGCAGGUUCACCUCCGCUGCACCGAGGGCUCCCUCGAGUGGAUGUACCCAGCCAGAGCCCUCCGGGUCAUCUUGGAGCCCAACCUAUCAACUGCCCGACCCACCACCGUCUGCAUCAAGCCCUCCAGCCACUUUCAAGGCGCCAACAUCUACGUGGAAUGGGAUGGGCAGCUUCAUCUGCUAGUGAGCGAGGCCGAGGAGCCCCGCCUGCGCCAGGUGUCCUGCUUUAGCACCCGCACCCCUGAACGGGUGGCCCUUUUCUUACAAGCCAGCCCCCAGCAGGACAUCAGCCGCAGGACUGCCAGUUUCCAAUAUGAGUUGCUUAGCAACCAGAGUACAACAGGCCCGGACUUCCAGAAAAUGGCCCUUGUAGAAGCGAUGUGCCGCCCUUGCGACAAUAUGGAACUUCUCAUGGCUAUUUGCAGCAGUGACUUUGUGGUGAGAGGCUCGAUCCAAAACAUCAGCCAUGAUUUGGAGAAUCACGUGUCCCAAGUCGAAGUUGCUGCGCUGCAGGUCUACCGGCAGAAAAACCAGAUCUUUCGGGAAGAGAAAUCUACCGGCACGGCUAAGGUGGUAUGGCCACGUCAUGUGCCAUGAGGAAACAUCCGAAGCAAAGGCAGCCCUGCACCUUGAACCUGGCGGAUGCCGCCCACGUGGCAGACCCAAAAAACAGCGGAUGGACACAAUCAAUGAAGACCUCUGGGCAAAAAACCUUAUCCCAGAAGACACUCAAAAUCGUGACCCUUGGAAGAGACAGUUACAAAACUGAUCCUGCACAUGCAGGAAACCAGUUUGGAAAGAAGUCAAAAACACUUUUACAUAGCAUUGCUUAGCAGUACACAGAGAAACCUCUUUUCUCUCAGUCAGGGAACCAACAGUUUUUAACUGUCACCUUUGGAAUGUUCGUGCAGCUUCCCAGAAUUCCCUGCUGCUUGUGCUGCGCUGUGGUAACAGGCAGGUAGGUCGUGUAGGUAUACACGUGCCUCCGCUUGUGCAAGUCAGCUUGCAGAUCCAUCACAUUGCAAGUGUGUAGGGUCCUCAAGGGCACUUGUGCCUUGUUCUCCUUUACAGACGGAAAAAAGAAUCGGUGACAACAAACACCAAAUUGUGCUCAGAAAAACAAUGUUUCAAAUCAGGGGCAUCCUUAUUUGAUUGUGAUCCCCACUGCUGGAGUGAACAGGAAGUAAUCACUAAUAAAAAGUGUCAUUAAAUAAUCAAAGCUGCGGUUUCUUUUGAAAGGAUUUUUAAAGGAGAGAAUUAUGGGUCCAACCCAGAACUACUCCAAUCCAUGGGAUUUACCACCCUUUCCAAUAGCAAACCGCCUCUCCCCUACGUUUUAGAAAGCUACAGUGCUAUUUCUUCAGUACUGAAAGCAUUUUUGCCAGAUAUUUCAAGUAAUAUAGCUUGAGCAGUUUUAAAAGUGGUCCCCCCACCCCGCCCCCACUUUUCACACACAUAGAAAGGCAGUGCUCAAAUCAUUUUGGGACCACGAAUCCCUUGUGUUGGCAUUCUCUCCUAAAUUCUCUCCUUCUUUUCAAUCAGCUUUUAUUAUUUUAAUGGACGAUCCCUCCUGCCCUCCCACAGCUUUUGGACUUGCUCACAUAAUUGCCUAUAUUUUAUGUAAAUUGAAUUGUUACACCAUAAAAUGAUAUACAAAUGUGUCUACCACACAAUGUCUAAUAAAGAGCUUGAAUAAA